GAAGGCGGCCGUGAAGGCCGCUGAGGCGCCAUGGCUCCUGCGGCCCACAAAGCUGCUUUGCCUUAAGGAGCCUGGCUCCGGGCAGGAUUAGCCUGUGCCAAGUGGGCAUGGAAGUGUCUCUGGGAGGAGCAGCAGCACCUCAGUGCCACCCUGAGCGCCUGAGAAAAGAGCUCUGGAAUGCUGUGAAGACUCCCUGCCCAGGCACACUCCUCUCCAGAUUAUCUCCAUCCCAAGGAAGCUCGUAUCCAAGAGAGUUCCCGGUCUUCCACCAUGAAUCCUGUUUACAGCCCCGUCCAACCUGGGGCUCCCUAUGGAAACCCGAAGAACAUGGCCUAUACAGGUUACCCAACAGGCUACCCCACUGCUGCCCCAGCCUACAAUCCCAACAUGUAUCCAACCAGCAGCCCGGGCUACGCCCCAGCCACACUUCUGAUGAAGCAGGCCUGGCCCCAGACCUCCUCGUCCUGCGCCACCGAGGGCACCUUCCACCUCCCAGUGGACACUGGCACCGAGAACAGAACCUACCAGGCUUCUUCUGCAGCAUUCAGGUACACUGCGGGGACCCCCUACAAGGUGCCACCGACCCAGAGUAACAACGCCCCUCCUCCCUACUCGCCGUCUCCGAACCCCUACCAGACCGCCAUGUACCCCAUCAGAAGUGCCUACCCCCAGCAGAACCUGGACACCCAGGGAGCUUACUACACCCAGCCGGUGUACGCGGCGCAGCCCCACGUCAUCCACCACACCACGGUGGUGCAGCCCAACAGCAUCCCCUCGGCCAUCUACCCCGCGCCCGUGGCGCCCCGCACCAACGGCGUGGCCAUGGGCAUGGUCGCGGGCACCACCAUGGCCAUGUCAGCAGGAACCUUGUUGACCACCCCCCAGCACACUGCCAUCGGAGCACAUCCAGUGUCCGUGCCAACGUACAGGGCUCAAGGGACGCCCACCUACAGCUACGUACCUCCACACUGGUAAUCCACUGGCCAACCCAUAUCCGGAGUCAAACAUUGUAUGCAACUACACAAGUCUUACAUCGGUGCUGCGGCUGCUGGGCUGCAGUGCCUCGUCUGUUUGCAAGAACAAAAGAAAAAAAAAAAGUGCAAAGGUCACUUUAUGCAUUCUUUAGUGGUUUUUGUAAAAGCUGCUUUUUCUAAUCUUCUGCCUCUUUUUUUCCCCCCUUCCUCUCCCCCACAUGAAUUGUGUAACACACAUACUGACACUGAGCAAUAGUCAAGUUCUCUCUUCAGUCCUAUCAUUUGAAAGCUCAGACUCUUCACUUUUCCAGCAUUGCCCAGCUGAGUGGUGCAAAGAUCCCCCCACUUCUUGUUUGUUUGGGUUCUUUUUGUUAUUUUUCUGUUGUCGUUGUUGUUGACAAGAGCCUAGAUUUUUUUUGGCUAGUAAGAGUGGUUGAUGUUCAGGGUACUAUGUGAAAAGCACAGCGCUGGUAGGCAGGCUUAUUCCGAUUUGGUUUGGGUAUUUUUAGUUGAAGAAUAUAAAUUAUUCAAUCUUCCAUAACAUAUUACAAGAAAAUUGGUGUCUUCCAGAUAGCUGUCGUGAUAGAUUAUAAAUGCAUUAUCUGCAGUGGAAUUCUGAACUCAUCCCUUCUUUUUGUAGGAGUAAGAGAAUAUAAAUAUAAUUAGCGACGUAACACACUUGUCUUAGGAAGCACGAGGACUGGUCACCAGCGGGUCUUUGGUCUGCUUUUUCCAACUGGGCAAAUGGAUCUUGGGUGAUGGGGAGGGAGCAGCAGGAAGAUGAGUGCCCUGGGAGCAUGUGGAACCUCCUGGGAAAACAGGAUGCUCCCCCUCAGCCAUGUCCUGGGGCAGUGUGAGGGAGAAGGCAGCUCCUUCCUUGCGUGGCUGCUGCUUGCAGGCAGACACGUGCUGGGCAGCUGCUGAGGGAAGCAAGGAGAUGGCCAGAGGUUGGGCUGAAGAGCUGCUCCAGGUCUGAGGGUUGAUCUGGAGAGCUUCUCUUAGGGUUUGGUCUGAGGAGCUCCUCCAGGUUCAGGGUUUGGUCUGAAGAGCUUCUCCAGAGUAGGGUGGUGUGGGAAAAGAGGGUGUCUGGUUGAUGGAGAGGAGUCUUCAAGGCAGGGCGAGGGGAAGAUGGGUAGCUUCACCUUGCACCCACGGUGUUGGCAGGGCUAAGACCAAACUGCACUGCCAUCAUGGCAGCUGAGGUGUCCCCUUCCCAUUCCCUGGGUAGCAGCUCCAAGACUUCCAGGAGAAAUGUUCAUCCAAGCACAAAUACCAGCACCAUAGAGAAAGGCCAGGGAGGGGAUGAAGUCUGGCUGCUCUGCUUGGAGAAGUGGGAGGGGAGGCAGCAAUAGCAAUAAACACGUCGCCUUCUUCAUGGGAAGGCACCUGGGAAGAGGUGACAGCAGGGAAGGUGAUCCACAGUUGACAUGGACCAGGAUGGAGGACACCAGGCACACAGAGGCUGUGGGCAUCAGGGGCAUUUUGGGGGGGUCUGGCUUAUCCAGGGACAUGGGGACAGGAAGCUGGUGACAUCCCCCCUCGGGGUGUCCAAGUAGAGCAAUAAGUUGUCUUGAGAGCAGCAGAGGCAGUUUGGAUUUGCAGACAAUGCUUGUGGCCAGUUUGUUUUUAAAUCCUUGUCACUAAACCAAGCAUAGAAACAAGAUUUUUGGGAUUUUAUUGGUUUUUUAAGACAAAAGCUUGGCUGGGUUUUGAUUUUUGCCUCAAGUGUGCCAAAAGUGUUCCGUGCUCUGGGUGGAGUCUCCCAGCUCAGCCCCUGCUGCCACUGGGAGGAGCUCCUGGAGCUCCCUCCCUUGAGCAUGGGCCAGGUGGGCAGUAACAAGCCCAGGGAUCCCAGGAGGACUUGCCCUCCCACUGGCUGGUCCCAGUGGUUUGUCAGGUUGGGUGUUGGCACUUCUGUUUGGGAGUCAUUUGGUAGAUCCUGCUGGUUUUGAAGGAAACCUGGAGCAAAGCUCUGGUUGAGCUCCUUGGCCUCAAGGGGAACAAAGUGGGGGAAGAUUGGACAUCAGUGUUGUGGGGUGGGGAAGGGGCAGCCUUGGGCUGCACUUUGGGUUUGUGUAGAGGGAAGGGAGAAGGAAAAAAGAGAAAAGGAGCCAAUAAUCAGUGGGUUCCCCAUUUGGCCUGGCAAAGCCAAGGAUUAGUAAAGAGCAACAGGAGCUUGGGAAAUAACACCACCACAUUGUCUUUCCACCGUUUGUAGCACACUGCAGUUAAACUUGGGCCAAAAAAUGCCCAGUAGAUCCUAACAAUUGAAGACUUCUGAGAUCCCUUUUUUCCCCUGACUUUGUGUUACAUACCAGGAGUUGUCUGUGAGCACUGAGUCAGGUCUCCCAAUGUAAUGGCACUCUGGUUUGUGGGGUCCAGCAAGCUUUGGAAUCCCAGCCUGGGCUCUGCAAACCACCUUUCCCAGCAGACACCAUCCCACCGCUGUCCAGACACCCUGCACCACUUUAGGAACCACUGCUAAACUUCUGGCCUAUGUGUGGAAAGGAGAUGUUGGGCUUUCUCCUGGAAGGAAAAAAAGACAUUAAAGGUGGGGGAGAAAGCCCCAGGAGCUGAGCAUGGUGCAUCACCCAGUGUUCCCACUGACACGGGGCAGUUGGGUUUUAAUUCCUUUGCUUGGAUCAAUAGCAGAUGCAGUGCUCAUCAUCCCAUUAUUCCCAGGCAGAAUACUCAUUAAGCAAGGUGUGGGGAGGUGAAAUAUUUGCCACCUGUUGGGCCAGAAGCUUUAGGGAGGACACUUGGUAACCAUCCUUGAGCCACGGUGCGGAGCCAGGGCCACCACAUGGUGCCAGGCUUGGGUAGCUCCUUCCCCAGGUGGCUUUAUGGGGUUGUGGUAGUGGGGAGAUGCUCCCUGCCCUUUCCUCGAUCCCAAGUCCUUCCCUUGGUCAAGGCAUGGCUUAAGUGAGGGUCCUGGGAAGGUCACAGUGGAGGACAUUGGUGGGGGCCACCUGCUUCUCCAAUAUUUCCUUCUAGCAAAGCUUUGCUGAUGCUGGUUAAGGAAAAGGGUUUUCCACAGGGAAGGAUCACACCGGGCGUUAGUGGGGAAGAGCAGGAGGGGUUAAACCAUCCUUAGCAGUCACUGAAGUGUCUGAGAUUAAAAUUCCAGCUAAAAGGAAGGAAUAUAACUCUGAACCAUUAACCCAUCGCCGCCCUUACCUUUACUCCAAAACACAAGCUGCAGUGAUGCAAGAUUUGGGGGGAAAAUAGGAUUUUAGUGGUGGUGGUGGUGACCCCCAAACCCCAGGAGCCCCUUGAAGCCUGAGGCCAUCAUGCCUCCGAGUGGCUGAACCCUCCAGGCAAGGAUCUGCUCCUGUAUUUUAUGAAUAAUAAAUCACUCAGUUCAGCAGUGUUGCAGUUUUGGGAUGUAAUGCCCAGGAAAUGUAAUUUAAGGGGUUCGUUUUAAUGAGGGUUGUCCUUCCCAGAGAGACCCCCCCGACUCCUUGCCAUCCCCUCCUGCAUCCCCACAGGGAAUGUGGGAUGAUGUGGCUCCCAGCUGGAGGGCAUGAAAUAGGAUCCUGUUUUUUUAGGGGGGUGGAAAACAACAUUUGAGGCUUUACUUUUGGUAAAAUCCAACCAGCCAACAAUAGCAAUAACAGCUGCUGGAUGCCCAUAAAUCCAGGUAUUUUUGGUUUGGUUUUUUUUUUGUUUGGUUUUUUUUAAUUGCCAAUAUUUUCAGGCCCUCCAGCUCUCGUCCCCAAACUGUGGUGACCCUCUGACCAUCUUCCCUUGGCUUUGCUCCUGAGCCAGGACCAGCCUCCAAAUAUUUUUCACUGCUGUGUGUUAGUAUUCCCUUAGGG